AUGGCUGAAACAAGAUUGAUCCAGCUUACGGUUGUUUUAUAUCUGACCAUCUUGACAGCUACAGAAGAUUCAUUCCAGCAUGUUGAACUCACAAGUUAUCGGGAGAUCCAAGACGCUCGAGAAUUUGACGAUUAUGAAUUUCAUUUUAACGUCAUGUUUGCAGAGGAGGACGAAGAGGGGUUCAGAGAUCGCUUCCGUCCAGCCUUAGAAGAACUGCUUCCGGAAUACGAGAGGAAUCUCUAUGGUGAUAAUGACCUUCCGUUGGGUAUGCAUUACUAUGAUGCAGUUCAUUACGUCGUUGAGAAGAGCUACAAGACCAUCGUGUUGGUCAGUAGGGCCGCUAUCCAGGAUAACUGGUUCGUCAUCAAGUUUCGAACCGCUGCGGAUCAGGUCAAUGACACACACAUAGAGAACAUGGUGGUGAUCUUCCUGGAGGACAUUCCAGAUGAUGAGCUUCCAUUCUUGGUGAGGCUGUACCUGAGUGAUCGUAAACCAUACCUCAGCUGGGAGGAGGAGGAGGGAUUUCAAGAGUACUUCUGGCAAAAAUUGACCAAGAUGUUGAAGAUAAAUCUGAGAUGCAACAAUGUCAUCCCUCCCGAGUAA